GGGAGGGUUCCCGGAGCCCGGGCGGGCCGGGGCGCGCUUGGGGAGAGGCUGGGGCGCACCUCCGCCGGGCGGGAGCCGCGGCUCUCCAGGGUUGCCUGGCGGCCCGGCGGACGCCAAACCCACUCGGAGCACCUGGGACGAGACUCUCUGGGGGGCGCAUGUUGCCCUCCCCCCACUGUUUUCCUUGGCGCGAGAAGCCACCGGGAUGCCAGAUCGGCGCUGCCCCGCGCGUGCUGUGUGGUGGGCCGGGCGCCGGGAGCGCGGCGCAGGCUCCCUCCGCUUUCGCCCAGGUGCUUCUUUUCCGAGCUCGGCUUUAACACCCGUCGACGGUUAACUGAGAUUCUCCCGCGGAGCCCAGGGAUGUCACAUUUUUCAGCCUCCAUUUACGCCCGGAUGUUCAGUCCUUCUCCACAAUGAAUGAGUGUUACUAUGACAGGCGAAUGGACUUUUUUUACAACAGGAGCAACACAGACACUGCUGAUGAGUGGACAGGAACAAAACUUGUGAUCGUGUUGUGUGUUGGAACAUUUUUCUGCCUGUUUAUUUUUUUUUCGAAUUCUCUAGUUAUUGCCGCGGUGAUCAAAAACAGAAAGUUUCACUUCCCCUUCUACUACCUGUUGGCUAAUCUAGCCGCUGCGGAUUUCUUUGCCGGAAUUGCCUACGUAUUCCUGAUGUUUAACACUGGCCCCGUGUCAAAAACUUUGACUGUCAACCGCUGGUUUCUCCGCCAGGGGCUCCUGGACACCAGCUUGACCGCCUCUCUGACCAAUCUGCUGGUGAUUGCUGUGGAGAGGCACAUGUCAAUCAUGAGGAUGAGGAUCCACAGCAACCUGACAAAAAAAAGGGUUACGCUGCUCAUUUUGUGUAUCUGGGCCAUCGCCAUCUUUAUGGGGGCUGUCCCCACCCUGGGCUGGAAUUGCCUCUGUGACAUCUCUGCCUGCUCUUCCCUGGCCCCCAUUUAUAGCAGGAGUUACCUCAUUUUCUGGACCGUGUCCAACCUUGUGGCCUUCUUCAUCAUGGUUGUGGUGUACCUGCGGAUCUACAUGUAUGUCAAGAGGAAAACCAAUGUUUUGUCUCCACAUACGAGUGGGUCCAUCAGUCGCCGGAAGACACCCAUGAAGCUGAUGAAGACAGUGAUGACUGUCUUAGGGGCCUUUGUCGUGUGCUGGACCCCAGGCCUGGUGGUUCUGCUGCUUGAUGGCCUGAACUGCACGCAGUGUGGUGUGCAGCACGUCAAAAGGUGGUUCCUGCUGCUGGCGCUGCUGAACUCCGUCAUGAACCCCAUCAUCUACUCCUACAAGGACGAGGACAUGUACAGCACCAUGAAGAAGAUGAUCUGCUGCUUCUCUCAGGAGAGGAACCUGGACAGACGUCCCUCCCGCCUCCCCUCCACCAUCCUCAGCAGGAGCGACACGGGCAGCCAGUAUAAGGAAGACAGUAGCAGUCAAGGCACGGUUUGCAACAAGAACAAUUCCUAAGCUGUGGGUGUCCCCAUGCCCACAAGGGCCUCCUCUGGGAGAGGAGCUGUGAAGAAUGGCUGCCUGUCUCUAACAACACCCACCCACCUACAGUGUUAUUUCAGGUCUCAACCACUGGUGGAUUUUUUUGAAAAAUUAUUUUACAUAGUUUCAAAGCAUGGGCAGCAAAGAGGGGACACGAUGCACUUGGAGAAAAUGCACAAAAGAGGGAAGACAGUGCAGUGGAACCCUCAGUGAUGUCCUUGGAACCGCUCAGAGCACCAUUCCGGGCCCUGCCGCCAUCUUGUAGCCAUUCUCUUUGUGUUUUAAAAGGAUGUUGUUGAUAGAGGGCUUAAGCCAAGAUAAAUAAUAAUGUUACUUGAGCCACUUGAUGUAGCUGCUUGGAAAGCCUAUGUAGUUCUUUCUGCAUGCAUUUACAAUUUUGAAAACGCUUCAUCUGUGAUAUUUGUUUCCUCAAAGAAACCAUGGCCCAUAGCUCGGUGUUCAGUAGGGAUCUCAGAGUCACAAAUCAGUAAGGGCUCCAGAUUAGACUUGAUUUUUAACUAAAAGAACAUUCUGAGGAAGAAGAUUUAGUUACUAACAAAAAAAGGUAAAUGUUAGAAAUUUUUCUUGAAGCAGGAAAAAAGGCCUUGAUGUGGUCAUCUAAGUGUGCAUGGGUGUGUGUGCACACACUUGUAUGUUUAAACAUUUUUAAUUUGUAUUUAAAGACCUCAAGGACAGUAAUGGUGAAAGAAAGUCACUGGCCAUUGAGACUGUUCAGUCUAGGACUAUAGCUGUAAAAAUGACCUUUGUGUUCUAAAAGAAAAGAGAAAGAGGUGAUUCAUUGGCAAAUAGACAUGCAGACAUACAGCAGGGUGAAAGGUGAUAUUGAUAAAUGGGCUGAAUUCCAUUCAUAUAGAAUAAAAUAUGAAGUUGACUUAAGCCUUUAUCUUCGUUACCUUUAAACCACUGAUGGCUUGUCAGACUUAGUAUGUGGAAUAAUUUUCUUGUUUCAUAUUUUGCCCACACUUACCAACAUAUAUUUCUGGUAUUUGUCUUACUUAUGAACUGGAUUUUGAUCUGUGCUCAAUUUUAAAAUUUUCUCCUUCAAAGAACUAAGUAAGCAACAUGAAAAGCUAGUCAGUUAAAAAAAAAAAAAAAGUGUCAUACACAUAGGCUACUGACCAAAGUUUUUUAUAUACAGAAUUUAGAAUAUAUUCAGAUUUUAAAAUAAGAAUAACUUCAAGGCAGUUAUAGUAUUUAUGUAGUUUGCAAAAGAAGUUUACAUUUUUUUUUGCUAUUGUGAUGUAACAUUUACGUGCAAGAACUACUUGGAAUAAAAGGAUUUGAGAAGUUGAGCUUUUUCGAUGUAAUAGCCUAAAAUAGAGAGUAUUAUGAUUUGAAGGUGUAGAUUUCACAAACUCCAUGUAGUAAGUGGGUCUAUCUGAAGCUUAUAUCAAAGCUACCGAUAAAAUAAAAUAAAAUAAAAUAAAAUAAUUCGUUCUCUCUUGUUGAGGCGCAUUAUUGCUUUGGGUAUUUUCUAAGUAAAAAUACAGUCUGUGGUGACUAUAACACACAUUUCUAUUGCAGAAGAAAAAUCAGAUUUGCCCUGAAGUACAUACCCUCAGUGUUUUGUGGAAGCAUUUUGAAUCUACAGCUGACCAAAGGGUGGAGGAUUGAAAUUGAAUUCCAGUCCCUGAAUAGCUACUAAGGGAUCUUUAAAGGUUUUAUAUUGAAGAAAGCACCAUUUUUAGGACUCUGCAGCAGAAUGUCAUAUUCAGAAUGGUGUCUGGAGGAGAUCCAAGUGUGGAAAUUCGUGAUGGAAAUAUAUAGCCUUUGUUUUUAUGUGCACACACAUACCUCCGAGAUGGUGCAAGAGUCGAGAAGUUGUGUGCCUUUGGAAAUGACAAGUGGCAACAAAGCUCACCCAGAGCGUGGCGAGCCCAUCUCUUAGUUGGAGAAAAAAAAUGAAGAAAGAACAUAUUUCCUCAAAUCCUGGGACCCCACGCUUACCCGCAAGUCAUUGAGAGGAUGGUUCUAAAAAUUCAGCCUAGACCUGUUCAGACCAACCCUUGACACAAAGCAUGGGCUACUCCCUGGCCAAACAAGAUUUAAUUUUCUUAGAUUUGUAGCAGUGCCUAACGUGUUCUCAUAUAUCUGUGUUGGUGAAGUUUGGUUCUUUGUGAGGAUUGCCUACUUGGAAAGAAAGAAUUUGCAGAAAUAAGUUGUUGAAGAUAUUUGGUGAAAUUUGUUUUAAAGUGAAUGGUAGACUUUGGACCAUAAUGUGACCUUCAGAACACUAAGUACUGAAAUAAUUAUGGCCCACAUUUGUGUAAUUCCAAAUGCAAACAAUACUAAACCAUAGAAUAAAUGUAAGCCUCUAACAGAGCUCUACUUGCCCUCACCAUCACCCCUUUGAUGCUUUUUAAAAUAAAUACUGACAAUCAAAA